CCCGGUACAUCUUCGUCUCCAAGCUGAAUGGCCCAAGCUCGCCAAAGGCAACUAGGGAGGGAGAGGAAGAGCGGAGAGGAGGUAGAAACUAGGGCACGGUUAUCUGGCCCCUUUUUUUUUUACCAACCACCAGGCACCAGGCAGAGAAAGAGAAGAAAAGAGCGGCAGACAGGAGAACAGGAGAGACGUACUGUAGUGAAGCUUCAGACAAGACAGGUGGAACCUCUGGAUUCAACAUCUGGCAUCGAGGACCGGAAGAAAAACAAGACAGAGGCAACCUUGACUGUCUUUACGAUCACACGCGCAAUCUUUUCACAUUCACACAAGCAUUUCACUUCAUCGUGUAUCACACACACGUGCAAACGCAGGCGUGCACACACACCCGCAACUGUGCGUGCGCGCACACACACAGACACAGACACACACACACACGUUGGGCAGCAACAUGUUUGAGGAGCAGGCAACCAAGGUCAAGAUCACGUCUGUGGUGAUUUUGGUGGGCAUGUCAUCGAUGCUGGCGGCGGUGGUGACCGACCACUGGGCCGUGCUCAGCCCACGCGUGGAAAAGCUCAACGCCACCUGCGAGGCCGCCCACUUUGGCCUCUGGAGGCUCUGCAAGAAGAUCAUCUUCAUUGUUGACGAGGACCCCCAGGGCAAAGGCUGCGGCCCCAUCAGCUUACCUGGAGCGGAAAACUGUUCCUACUUCAAACACUUUACAUCGGGGGAAGAAGCUGAAGUUUUUGAAGUCAAGACCCAGAAAGAGUACAAUAUCUCAGCAGCAGCCAUCGCCAUAUUCAGUCUGUUCUUCAUGAUCCUGGGCACUGUCUGUGUCAUCUUCUCUUUUGGGAAGGGUCGUGACUACCUGCUCCGGCCUGCUGGGAUGUUCUUUGCCUUCGCAGGCCUUUGCACCAUCAUCUCUGUCGAGGUAAUGCGGCAGUCUGUCAAACGUAUGAUAGACAGUGAUGAGACCAUCUGGAUUGAAUACUACUACUCCUGGUCCUUCACCUGCGCCUGCGCCUCCUUCACCCUGCUCAUCCUCAGCGGAGUCGCCCUGCUUCUCAUCUCCAUGCCGCACAUGCCACGCAAUCCUUGGGAGACCUGCAUGGACGCCGAGCCUGACACCUUAGAUUAGCCACAGGUGAUGCACCAGGCAUGGUUUAAAAUGACACAAAAAUAAACAUAAUCUUCAAGCCCUUUUCCAAACAUCAAAAAGGUUUUAUCUGGAUUCCCGAUCUUCAAAGUCGUCCAUUGGUUUUCAGUUAACGUUAGUAAAAAAAAUGGAAAUUAUCUCGGUGAGGCAUGUAAUAGUGAAAACAAUGACAUUCACAUUGUCUUCACAUGAUAAAGUAGCUAGAGGCAGGAGUUAUUUUUUGAAAACUUAUUUUUCUGAGUGUUCAAGAGAUGAGAAAUAAUCACAUCACAUCAAGAGAGUAAUCGGCUGAACAACCUCUUUUUAUCAAAGCAACCGUUAUCCUAACUAACAUAGUCUUUUUUAGGUCAAUGUAAGCCUGUGGUUUUCUGUCUUAAAUGUAGAAUAUUAAGGAAAAUGGCAACUAAUAGUCCACUAAUCCAGGGAUUAGCUUUUUGAAGCAAUGUAAGGUUUUCACAAAUUGUUUUUCAUACUGCAAAAAAAGUACUAAACUUAACGAUUGGAAGUGAAGACUGGAUUGAUCAAGAGACUUUGGAAAGUGUUCCAAGUACAAAAAACUUGUUGUAAAUGAGGUAGAACAUUGAAACAAACCUAAACUGCCCUCAAAGGACUUGAGUCAAAGUUUCUUUGACUUUUAACAUGCCACAUUUUGAAACAUUACAGUGCAAAGAAUGUUAAACUGUUGGACAAUCCCUUUAAACGUAUUCAUAUAAAAUUUUAUAUGGUUGUUGGUCAUUAUCUUACAACACCUUAAGCGUCCAAGUGCGGUCAGUACAAUUAUAUCUGUCGGUCUAUUAAAGUGAAAUGAUGAUUUUCAGACUAGGGUAAAAAAAACGAAACAAUGUAACAACAACGAGAAGACGACCUUGAGACUCAAUUGAUAAAUUUAUUAUAGAGUAAAAGAUUAGACAAAAUAAGAAGAUAAAAUAAGAAAAAUGUCUGACUUUGUUGGGAACUCUCUAUUCUCUCUAUUACAGCUCAACUUGAAAUCUGGUGCGUCAGUGUCACUCGAGUGUCAGAUUCAAAUAAUGAGCUAUUGUGCUGUUUAAAGUGAGGAGUGAAUUGUUGUAACUCACUUUGGCCUUUCGUGCAUAUUUUGUCCUCCAAGGACUUUGGACAUUCAGUCUGUACCAUUGAUUGUGCAGAGACGACAAAAGACAGAUUUUUCAAGAACCUCAGAGUCUUGGCUCCAGGAGUUUUUAUCCGUAACUUUGUGCAUAAUAUGUGCUGCGUUAUGCUUUGAAUGUUGGCAAAUGUACUCUGCUUUUAGUGUGAAUUUUAAAGAAGAUUAGAGACCAAACCACUGCCCUGAACAGAAACUGUCAAAGCUGAGCAGCGUUGACUACAGGUCUGCUGUUGAGCUAAAGUUUUCUCUGUAUAUUUGAGGCAGUGUGCAAAACUCUUUAUAGAAAGAAUAUGGAUGGUGGUUCCUUUUUUAAACAUCCCAGAAACCUUAUUAAUGCGUGAUCAUUUAAUCAAAACAAGCUGCAAAACAUUACCAUGUCCUGCCAUCUACACAGUACCAGUAACCUCAAACAGCCACACUUUCAAAAUUACUGGCAUCUCUAACUAUUUUUUUUUCCUACAGGAUUAUAGUUCGAAUUUUUUUUAAGUACAACCACUGUAUUUCCUCACUGUGUGAGAGCCAACCCCUGGAUCUGCGUGAACCCUUUAACAUUAGUCGCUCUGUCCUGCCUUGUUUACGAACAAUCCCAGUUAAAGUUAAGUUAAAAGUGAAACAUGCAGUUUGAAAACACGAACAAUAAUGCAUAAAUGUAAUAUCUUGUGUAUAAGGUUACUUUCUGCCUUGUGUUGAGUGAAGGUGUCGUGACAUCGGGAUCUCUCCAGAGUCGAUCUUCGUUUAUUCUGACAAUCGUGAGUGAUAAUGAAAAAUCUCUUUGUACACAAACUGCUCAGCUCAGAAAAGUAAUAGCCAGAGCUGUGGUGGUUGAUAAUGUCUUUAAAUACGGGGAGGGAUCUCAAGGAAUAAACUUACAUUUUCACAAAAAACUAUGGAAAACAAAAAGAGCUAAAUAAAAAAAUUGCAUCCAGUUAUUGAAUCUAAUGGAACAAAGGCUCGGCUGUACAUUACGUCUUGACUUUGGCUCUUUAUAACUGAGUUAUGAAGCAUUCCUUCACAUAGAAUACAUCAUGACCAUCCAUGUAGAACUUAUUUCAAACUUAGAAUAAUAGGGUUUUUGUAGCACAUUUAAUUUGCAAUGCUGCAGCCCUAUGAAGUUAUACUACUUGCCUUUGGGGCCAUAUACUGAAUGCCUAAAGCUGAAAAUACGUAGGAUAAGUAGGACACAUGACUUAAAUUAUUGCAUUUGAUUGUAAGAUAGUACGUUAAAGCUUGAAGAUGUUUCUAUUCUGCAAACAAACUACUGCAUAUUGUUGCUGUCAGAUGAAACCGCUUUUUCUUUUAGUGGCUUUUUAAUUAUGUUCAAAUCAUAGAUGACCUUUUCACUUCUAAUACAAUCAAAUAACAACACACAUCGGAUUUCACCCGACAGCAGUCAUUUUUAUUUCCUGUGUGUACGUUACACAAAGGUUGUAUAUCGUUAGCAAAACACUCAUCUAUGGAUAACAUGUUAUUUUUCAGUGAAUUAUUUUUGCUGGCCCGGUGUCACUCGGCUGGUGCGGGUGCAGUCAAAUUAAAGUUUCUUAAACGAUGCUAUUUCGCAGAAGAAAUGAUUACAUGUAGCUCGAGGGUCCUACUGACAAGAACAUUUCCAUUUUUCUUACCUCAAUCCAAAAAAGUGACUUGGUCAUUGUACAGGUUUAUAUUUUAGAAAAUGGAAAUGAUGCCUGCCGGUUUUUCUUCUUUUUUUCCUGAAUUGACUCAUUUCUAUAAUUUGCAGUGAUCAUGAUAUCCCUGCCGUCAGGCUCAGCUGGACAGGAACCAGCUGUUCAUUUAAAUGAACAAUGGAAAAAUAAGAGAUGUUUAAUACAACAUGUACAAUGAACCUGUAGUAGUUUCAUUUAGUGAAAAGAUUGCUCAGCAUGAUUUGUAUUUCAUCGUGGAUUUGUAAAUGCUCUGAUUAAAUAUUAUGUAUGUCCAUGAUUGUCUUUUUUUCAAAGAACUCAAAUAAAAACUACCAAGGUCAGUAAUGUUGGUAGGACUUCUUUUGCACAGUGCAAACAAUAAUAUUCAACUCCUGACAAAUGUCUUUUUAGGCAUGGGGCUUUCCACACAUUUACCAGUCUUCGACCAAUAUCUGUUGAUGCGUGAUAUUUUCCCUCUGCUUGCAUACUGGUCUCAUAAAGUAUCAAGCAAGGUAAGGUUUUUUUAAUAUGUUAACCUGCAGACAACGAGAGUGGAGCGAUGCGUCUAUUCAGGAAAUAAAAGUGGCAUGUCUUUUCUUUGCCAAGUAA